AUGAGUUCCUUCUUUGAUGUCGCCGCCCGAAGAGCUGCUGCUGCCACUGCACAGAGCAAUGCUAUUCCCUCCACCAAAUUAAAGGACCCUAGUAGACCUGUUCCCUGGGUCGAAAAAUAUCGCCCCAAAAAUCUCAGUGAUGUCACUGCCCAGGAUCACACAAUCACAGUGCUUAAACGUACCCUCCAAUCCUCGAAUCUUCCUCACAUGCUCUUCUAUGGCCCACCAGGCACAGGAAAGACAUCUACGAUUCUCGCUCUCGCAAAGGAACUCUAUGGCCCAGAUCUCAUGAAAACUCGUGUCCUUGAACUCAACGCCUCUGACGAGCGCGGUAUUUCAAUUGUACGUGAAAAAGUCAAAAAUUUCGCUCGAAUAACCGUCUCAAAUGCAACUACAUCUCAAUCUUCCGCCUACCCGUGCCCUCCCUAUAAGAUUAUUAUCUUAGAUGAGGCAGAUUCCAUGACUCAGGAUGCACAGUCGGCUCUUCGACGUACAAUGGAGACAUAUUCCAAAAUAACCAGGUUCUGUUUAAUCUGCAACUAUGUCACGAGGAUCAUCGAUCCCCUUGCUUCUAGAUGCUCAAAGUUCCGAUUCAAGCCCUUAGACGAAACCAAUUCUAGGGAGAGGCUAGAGUUAAUCGCAAAAGCCGAGGGUGUUGAUUACGAGGAUGGCGUUAUCGACGCACUGAUUCGGGUUUCAGAUGGUGACCUACGAAAGGCCAUCACUUACCUACAGUCGGCGGCGCGACUACAUAACCCGAUUAAGCAUGCAGUGGUGGACAAUGAUGGAGAUGAGGAGAUGGGAAACGAUGGAAUUGUUGUAACAGCCGGUGAACCCGUCACUGUUCGGUCAAUUGAGGAGAUUGCAGGUGUAAUACCAGAUGCAACAGUCGAAGAGUUGUUAAAGGCAUGCGAACCUAAGAAGGGCAUCAGUGCAUACCCGCAAAUAUCCAAGCUAGUCCAGGAUAUCAUCGCAGACGGGUGGAGUGCGAGUCAGAUUGUAUUGCAGAUGUACAAUAAAUUAAUCUUCGACGACAUUGUAACGGCAGCGCAGAAGAACGAUAUCGUCUUGAUCUUCUCCGAAGUUGACAAGCGCCUAGCAGAUGGCUCUGAUGAGCACUUACAGAUCCUUGAUUUAGCGCUUAGGAUAUCUGCAGUAUUGUCUAGGUAA